AGGAUCCUAUGGGCCACCACCCCAUCCUCUGGCCUCCUCCUCCUCCACCCGCUCGCCCUUUCCGCUAUCCACGAGCGAGCCACCGCAGAGCGGAGCGAGGCGAACCGCAGCGGCAGCGCCAGCGGCAGCAGGAUGCCGACGCUGAACCUGCGCACCAACGUGCCGGUGGACGCGGUGGUAGCCGCCGACAUCCUCAAGGACUGCUCCAAGGCCGUCGCCAGGAUCAUCGGCAAGCCCGAAUCCUACGUCAUGGUGUCGAUCAACGGGUCGGUGCCGAUGUCGUUCGCGGGCAGCGAAGAGCCGGCGGCGUACGGCGAGCUCGUGUCCAUCGGUGGCAUCGGCCCCGGCGUCAAUGGGAAGCUGAGCGCCGCCGUCGCUGAGGUCCUCGAGACCAAGCUCUCCGUCAGCAGGUCCAGAUUCUACAUCAAAUUCGAUGACGUGCAGAGAUCCAACUUUGGCUUCAACGGAUCCACAUUCUGAGACAACUCCAGCAGGACUGGAGACGAUUGGUUGCUGCGUCCAAACGACCAGCUCGGUCCGCCAAUACAUACCAUCAGUACAUCAAUAAACGUUGAUCAUGUGUAUCACCUGCACCACCGCCGUCGCCCAUGGAAAUUCCGCUUGAGUACGAGACACCACUAGUUUAUGAGUUUUAAUAUUUCAAUGUUUCAACUGAAAGCAGCGAUAGCAUGUACCUGAUUUCAAAUGUCAUUGAACUUCAUUUUUCAGUACAAUCAGCUGUUUUGUGAUGGCAUCUGAGAACUUGAAACCAACUUUGCAGAA